AUGUCUAGCCUAGACUAUCAAAACCAUGCACAAACAUACUAUAAGCGGUUAGCUGGAUAUCCACUCUAUGUUAGUCAAGCCACCUAUGAGUGGGCACUGGGCAAAGAAAGGAAAUCAGAUGUGAAACCAGUAAUAUCAUAUUCAACACCAGUAGAUGUCAAAGAAUAUCCAAACAAAUACGUGUACAUCGUUGACGUUCCCGGGCUUCGUGACAGUGGUAUCGAAGUUCAAAUCGAAGACACUAAUGUUCGUGCAGAUCGCAAAGCUAAUGAAGAGUCUGGAGUAGUCAAUUAUAUUCAAAUGCAAAGAAAGAUUAAGAAUGUUAACUGUAAGUUCAGAUUACCAUUUGAUGCUAAUCCUCACAGAGUUUCAGCUUGUGUUUAUGCUGGUGUACUUAGUAUUACUAUUAAGAAAUUUGUUUGCGCUGAAACAAACAAGCCUCAAGUUGUUACUGUGAUUCCCGAUUUUUAUGGAACGAAAGUAUCUAGUAUCUUUAACAAAUGGGAAGUUAGGGUUUUGUUUUAG